GUACAUCUUGUACGUAGACGAUCUUUAGAGCACCGCCUCUCUGCAAUCAGCUGUCAGACUUGCAUUUAUUGCUUUUUCCUUUUUUUAUUUUUACAAGCCGGUUUUACUUAAAUCCCAUCUGUCUCCUCAUCCUUAGGACCCACCAUCGUAACGUCGUUUCGCGGCAUGCUAACAUGUUCUGAUUCUCCCUGCAAGCGAUGAACGAAACGAGCACCGAGGGGACCGGACCGAGACCGGCGGAGGUCGUGUUGACUGCGGGCUGUCGAGCCCCGGUUGUCGGGCAGGUCGGAGGAUGGAGCCGAGGCUGAGCGGGGAUGGCAAGCCGUCCUUGUCCUGGUUCCACCUCGGCCCCGUCCUCGUCCUUUCACUCCUGGCGGUGCAAGCGAGCUGUCACGGUACCUGCAAGCACCGAGCCCCCUCUCCCGACGAGGUUGUCCAUCACGUCCACUUGAAGCCUGAGCGUUUGACUAAGAGAAGCUCCCCUGAUGACCUUCAGCUCAAAAUAAAGAUUAUCUACGACAACAGCGUUGACCAACUUGCUGCAGACAAGAGAAGACUGGUGAAGGAUAAGCUGUUUCCACAAGCCAUCGACUACCUCCAGAGGGCCUUCAGCGUGAGACGAAGGGUUGGACCUGUUCUUCUCAGCAGACAAUGUGCAACCAACCAGUACAUGAGGAAGAAAUAUGACCCUCAUCGCUACUGCCAGGACGCCUGUGCAGACGUCACCCGGUGUGGCCCUGUCGUUGUACCACAGCACCACCUACAGCAAUGCAAAGUGUGCAGCGAGUCGGGGAAGUCAUGCGGCCCCUCCGGGCCCCCGGACGGCCCUGGAGUGGAGGGGUCCGACUUUGUGCUCUACGUCAGCGGCAUCACCACAGAGCGAUGUGGGCAGGAGAACAUCGUGGCCUACGCUGCUUACUGCCAGCUGGAGGCGGAGCUGGACAGACCUAUUGCAGGCUACGCCAACCUGUGCCCUGCUAUGAUCUCCUCUCAGCCCCAGGAGUUUGAAGGGAUGCUCUCUACGGUCAAACAUGAGAUCAUCCACGCUCUGGGGUUUUCAGCCGGUCUGUUCGCCUUCUACCACGACGACGAGGGGAAACCUCUGACUCCUCGCUUCACCAGCGGCCUGCCUGCCUUCAACGAGAGUCUGGGUUUGUACCAGUGGAGCGAGGCUGUGAUCAGGAGGGUCAGCAGACUGUGGGACAUCAGAGGAGGAACGAUGGUCCGACACCACGUCCACGUCCUCGUCACUCCUCGCGUUGUGGAGGAGGCGAGGAGGCAUUUUAACUGCCCCAUCCUGGAGGGGAUGGAGCUGGAGAACCAGGGAGGGAUGGGAACCGAACUCAACCACUGGGAGAAGAGACUCCUGGAGAACGAGGCGAUGACGGGCUCCCACACCCAGAACCGAGUGUUCUCGCGGCUGACGCUGGCCAUCAUGGAGGACACGGGCUGGUACCGAGCCAACUACAGCCUGGCCCAGAGGCUGGACUGGGGCCGAGGCCUCGGCUGCGACUUCGUCAUGAAGAGCUGCAAGUUCUGGAUGGACAGACAGAGACAGAGACGACAUCCUGUGACUCCGUUCUGCGACACGGUGCGAGCGUCUCCUCUGCAGCUGACCUGCAGACAGGACCAGCUGGCCGUGGCUGUGUGCAACCUGCAGAAAUACCCGCAGGAGCUUCCCCUGGACUACCAGUACUUUGAGGGGAUCCCGGACGUGGCCGCUGAUCAGUUGCCGUUCUUCGGGGGCGCCGUGGAGAUCGCCGACUACUGUCCCUUCAGCCAGGAGUUCAGCUGGCACCUCAGCGGAGAAUACCAGAGGAACUCGUACUGUCGGGUGUCCGAGAACCAGCCAGACUGGUGGAGGAAUUACGGAGCGGAGCAGUACGGACCCGACUCUGUGUGUCUCUACCAGAAAUCAGCCUUCAUCAUGGAGCAGUGCACCAGGAAGAUGACCUACCCCGACUGGGGCUCCGGAUGCUACAAAGUGUUGUGUUCAGCUCAGGGUCUGACUGUGUUCGUUCAGGAUCGCUCCUUCCUCUGCGCCCGUAAAGGGCAGCUACUGAGCGUCAGCGUCCGAGUCAACGACUGGGUUUACAACGGCGUCCUGAUCUGUCCCGCCUGCACAGACUUCUGUGACAACUGCCCUCUCCCCCACCAGCUCCCGCCCAUCAACACCUCCAGGAGUAACCCCAUAGAUCCGUGCUCCGGUUCUCCAGGUUUGGCCAUCACUCUCUGGCUCCUGCUGCUCAACCUGCUCCCUCUAGUGGCCGGACUGCUCCUCUGCCACUGCAGCUGAUGAACACAAACAAACACAAACUAAGGUAGCAGAACACUCUGGUGCACGGACGUCCUCCGAGGAUUUGGUUUUCUCCCCCGUUUUAAUCUUUUACUUCCUUUAUUUUUACUCUCAAGAUGAAAAUACUCCUCUAGUUGCUCCUUCCACUCCUUCCACUCCUUUGCUUCAGUCUAUUUUAUCCUUCGUCUGUUUUUUCUUUGCCAGCGAUCCUUUUUGCUGAAGCUCCUUUCAGGUGUCAGUCGGUGCGUUUACAUGCACUCCAGUAACCAGAUUAAACCUGCUCAUUGUGGUCAGAGUAGGGGAUUAAAAAGCCUGAUUUGUGCAGAUAUAUUUCUCCAGGAGUUCAACCAACAACACUCUCGAGCAGCUACGUGGCAGCUAACGUGUGAUCUACAGGGACCAUCUUCUCUCAUGACGAGGCAUUGACACAUGGCCAUAAUCUACCCAGGGCACUGGCACUGGGGUUUAUAUUGGGAUUUAUUUUGAGCAACCAGGUUACCACAGUGCAUGUAAACACAUUCUCAGGUUGGUUUAAGUGCAUGAAAAUAUUGUGUUAGUUUUGUCCUCUUGUCUUACAAAAGCAAAUGGGAUCGUUCGUUUGGCUCCAGGACAGAUCGUCUGUCCUUUUCCUCCUUUCUUUUUUUGUUUUUUUUUUGUUUAUGGACACAUGAUGCAGUAGAAACCUCAUGGAUUCACUCUGUUUUUCCAGUUUCGCAACUUUACACCAACUUGGGAUCAUCCUGCUUCACCAAAUUCCAUAUUUUUUUUUCAUUUACACCGAAGAGAUCGAAACUGACUGUGGAUCAUCCCACGACAAAAAGCGAUUUCUUUGUCCGAUCAACCCAAACCAGGAGAAACCGAAAAGAAAAGUCAAGCGGAUCGUUUUAAAUCUACACAUCCUGUUUUUCUUAAACUGUAUUUACUCCUCUUGAAGCCAGAGAACUCACGGACGCGUGAAGUUUCUCUCUCCGGUGGUGAGAAAAGGUAACUCUUUGAACUUUUAUAAGCUCAAAGAAUCUUUUAUGCAGAAAACUUUUACUGUAAAUAGAAGCGUAAAAAACGAGUACGUUUCCCGUCGUCCUCCUGACAGGACGCACGGGGUUUCAUUUUAAUUCAUUACCUCGUUUGCUCUGUGUCGAUCACGUGUCACGUUAAUUAAGGUACGGGAUGAAUCUGUAGCGGACGGAACAAUGUUGAAGUCUAACUAAUAAUAUUUUAGUCACUGUUUGUUCUGUUAAGUUUCACUGAAUAUCAGAGUUUAUUAUAGUCAAAGUCAGAUCCAUUGGUCUUAAAAACCUCCACGUCAUCACUCAGACCUAAUGACUAAGAAACAAAGAACAAGAAAUUUGCAGUUUCACGUGGAAGGAGCCAAAAUACUUGAGACUGGUCGGCCAUUAUUCUGUGCUGACGGCCCUGAGAGUUUAGACUCUGGCUCCAUUUGAAAUGCAGAUUCUGUAGAUGUUCAGGAAACAUUCUCCUCUACAAGUUUUCUUUCGUUCCCAGUCUGGUGUCACGUUGACGUGGAGGUAAACACACAACUUUACAGCCACUGCAAGAUCUAAUUUAGAGAUGCAGCAUUGCAGGAAUCCAAUGGUGCUUAAUAUUGUGAAUGAUGUAAUGAAGAUACUUUCUGAUCGUUUUAUUACAGAACAGGUUGGUUUGUUGGUUAUUUCUAUAAUCAAGGACUCUCUCUUCACUGUUUGUAAUGACUCCAUCAAUUCAGCUGCUAAAUGAGAACAAUGAUCUGUGAGUGUUGAGAUGAAAGCUGGGCCAAAAUACUGUACGUGCAUCAUAGGAACUGUUUUAAUACGUUAAUGUACGAUGGAUCCGUUCUGAGAGGGUGAGAGAGAAGUUGUUUCCAUUGAACGUGUUGAUGAAACGAUAGAACAAAUGAGUUUUAUCUGCAGUGAGACGGUGAUUUAAUCUCUUUAGUUUUAUCUGUAAUGUGAUAUUAGACAGAAUAACGUGGGGAACAACUAAGUGGACCUUUCGAUUGAAGAUUAUUUUGUCUCGCAUGCUGUUUCCAAGGCUGUUUCUGAAGCUUCAUCAAAGAGUUUCAUUCCAAAACAAAACCAGAGUCACGGUGCAACUACAAAGAUGCACAAUAUAACGACAUGAGACAGAGUGCAACUACGAGGAAACACAGUGUGAAACAUUAUAAAUAUACAAUACAACCACACAGAGUCACAAAGCAACCACAGAUACAAAACACACAAUUACAAACUAAGUACAUAGAUGCACAAUAAAAAGAGACACUACAAAGACUCAAUACUUAAACAAGACACAGAACUACAAACUACAAAGAGAUAUGCUUCAACUACAAAAACACACUACAAACAAGACAAUAGACUACUACUACUACUACUACUACUACUACUACAACUACAAAGGUGCAUAAUACAACUCCAAAGAGACACUAUAAAGACACACAACACUACUACAAGACACAGAACAGCUACAAAGAUGCACAAUACGACUACAAAGAGACACACAACAACGACCAAGACACACGAUGCAGCUACAAAGACAGAAACUACAGGGAUACAAAACACACACAACCACAAAGACACCGGCACAAUAAAACCAUGAAGAGUCAUAACACAAGAUGACUCAAAACGACAGCGACGAUAAAACGCAUGGACGAAGUCGCGGCGUCAUGUGACCUGACAUAAACAGACCAGAGAGAGAGAAGUUCUCCAAAUAGAUUCAGACUCAUUAUAUAAGUUAUGGUGAAAUCAUGUGACUCCAAGUUCAGUUUAAAGUUCAGAUCCAGUUGUUUCCGUGUGUCUUUUAUUCUCCAGUCGACGCAAUCACUGAUCCCUGAUCAGUUUUGGAAUGAAACUCUUCUUCUCGUGGACUUUAGUGCAGCUGCUUCAUUCGUGUGAGAAAUGUGUAUAAAAGUGAUCAAAUGUCUUGAUUUGCACUAAACCAAGAGAGCUGGCCUUAAUGUCAGAGGACUUUUCUUUUUGGCUGCAUUGGAAUGAGGUGUUUACAUGAAGUGACCAAGUUUUUUUUUUUUUUUUUUUUUUUUGUAGUGUUUGUUUCCUGGAAUCCACAAAUGUAGUUUUUCCGUCAUGCGUUUGUGUCUGUUUGUGUUCUGUCGGUUUGUUUUUAUGUCGUCAACAGGAAGCUGGAAACAUUGUUUAAAUUCCACACCUGUUACGAUUCAUGCACUGUAGAGCUUCGUGUCAUUACUGUUAGUCAUGUGCCGAUGAUCAGACCUCAGUCCAGUCGUGUCGUUUUGUUAUUUUAAAGAGAAAAAAAAAGACCCGUGGAGAUUCUGUUUUGAUUGUGUUUUUUUUGGUUUUCAAUAUGUUAAAUGUGAUUGACUGAAGUUGCACUGAGCUGAAAAAAAAACAAUGAUUUCAGAGUUUAUAGUUUAAAGUAAGUUUGUGAUAAAGAAAAGUCAACAUUGGUGAAAAUGUGUUGAUGGAAACACAGGAGACGUCUCUGAGUUUCCUUUUGAUUUUAUGCAGUAGUGAGACAAACGAUUUGCAUUACUCAGCUGUUCUUUGUUACAUUUAUUUCAUUUUUUUAGAAAAAGGGCUGCUUUUUAAAACAAAUCAAGACUGAAAAUAAAAGCCGUCUGUAUCCCCGAA